AUGGAGCGAAAUGAUAGCUCAGGCGAGGCAGAGAGCGUGCUGGAUACUGAUGAAUACAGACCACCUGUUUGGAAAUCUUACUUGUAUCAACUGCAACAGGAAGCUCCCCAUCCUAGAAGGAUAACCUGCACUCGUGAGGUAGAGAACAGACCGAAAUACUAUGGAAGAGAAUUCCAUGGGAUGAUCUCAAGAGAGGAAGCUGACCAAUUAUUAAGCGUUGCAGAGGGAAGCUAUCUCAUUCGUGAAAGCCAACGGCAACCUGGAACCUACACUUUAGCAUUAAGAUUUGGAAGUCAAACCAGAAACUUCAGACUCUACUACGAUGGAAAGCACUUUGUUGGGGAGAAACGUUUUGAGUCCAUCCAUGACCUGGUGACAGAUGGAUUGAUUACUCUUUAUAUUGAAACGAAGGCAGCUGAAUACAUUGCCAAGAUGACAAUAAAUCCAAUUUAUGAACACAUAGGAUAUACAACUUUAAACAGAGAGCCAGCACACAAAAAACAUAUGCCAACCCUGAGAGAUGAACAUGAUGGCAAAGAGUCUACAGGAGAGGAUGAGGUAGCAGAAAAGAGGUGGUGUUUGUACCUGUGGAGUGUGAAGGAAAUCCCCAGAAUUACCUCCCCUCCUUUAGUGGACAGAGCAGACCCGUUGCUGACCUUGCUGAAAGCCAAGUCGCUUGAUGUUAGCAAAUUCCUCCAGAACCAGAACAAAAGCAGAACUUCUUACUGCAGGUACAGUUCAGACAGAGCAAGUUAUAAAGAUAACUGUUGGAAAAUUAAAGGGCUAUGGAGAGGAGACUUUGCUGGGCGGUGGGAGUGCAGGAGCCACUGGUGGAGAGCAGGCAUUGAAUCAAGAGCCAGCCAAGGUGUAAGAAGAGCAGGACCUGCAGGCUUGCAGGCUGGGAAUAGAGACAGCAUAGAGCACCUGGAGCUGGAGAGCGUGUUGGGAGAGAGCAGCUUCAUGCAGGAUUUGAGUUGA